UUGCAAGACCUCCUCCAAACUCAGCAUCAACCACACCAAGAACAUCUCGUCGUUUCUCAUCAUCAUCAGCUUCCUCCUUUCUCUUUCCCCAAAAAAAACAUCAAAUAAUAUUGGCAACAACGUUGCCUAAUGAAAUAUUAAUAGAAAUAUGCAGUUAUUUACACCCUUCUGAUCUAUACAAUUUAACCUUGGUGUGCAAGCGAUUUCGAAAUCUGCUGUGGAAUAAAACAAAUGAAUCAACACAAUUGAUUUGGCGUACUUCGCGAUUAAAUUUUAUUCCACAUUUGGUACUUCCAUGUCCCGAUGGAAUGAGUGAACAAAAGUAUGUAUGGUUGAUGCUUUUGUUAAAUAAAUGUAUGUUUUGUGAGGAAAGAGAUAAACGGAAACUAUCAAUGUAUUGGGAAUUCAAAAUGUAUUGUUGUCAACGUUGUUUGGCUCAAAGAACCGUUAGGUAA